AAGACACACCUGAAAACCUCUGAAAGUGGCUUUUCAUGGGCUACAUGUCUGUAUUGGGGCCAGGGGGCACAGGGGCGGACUGACAACUCAUGGGGCCCCCAGGCAAUAGGGGAUCAUGGGGCCCCUGUGUCCUUGCCCAAACUCAAAAAAGCCUAUGAAAAAGGUCCCAGGGGCAUCUCAUGGGGCCCCCUACUGACCCCGGGCCCUCGGGCAGUGCCUGAGUUUCCAAAUGGUCAGUCCGCCCCU